AUGGUUUCCGGUCAUUCCCAUAGAUCCACUGUUAAGAAAUCUAAAAAACCAUUCAAAUCAAGACAUGCUUCCAAGGGCCAAGUGAAGGCGCGUAACCAAGGGAAGGUUGAAAAAACCACUACUGGUCCUAAAAAGAAGCUUAGAGGGGCUAAUAAAUUGGAAAGAAAGAAUUUUGCCGAUCAGUUGAAAGAAAAAAAAGUAUUACAAGCUUUGGAAAAUCGUAAAUUGUUCCAAUCGGCCAGCGGGGUGCAAAAGAUUGUGACAAUCAUCAGCUUGACCGAUGAUAUUUCAGAAGAAGAAAUCUUCCAAAAAUUGAUCGAUAAUGACAUUGUCAUUGAAGAUAACAAUAACAGUGAGAUGAUGGUUGAAAAUACCGUACAAGACAAGGCCCCAUUCAUUAAAAACUUGAAGAUUUCCAAAUUUAAAUCGAACUUCAAAUUCAUCAUUCCUGACACAUCAAACUUCUUGUCGAUUCUCGACGCCAGUAGAGUUUCUGAUUUCGUGAUUUUCGGUCUUAGUGCCUCAAAUGAGGUUGAUACCGCCAAGGGAGAACAAAUUAUUAGAGCCAUUGAGUUGCAAGGGAUCAGCAAUGUGAUUUGUGUUGUGCCAAAUAUUGACAAUGAUUUAAAGGACAAGCAACAAAAGCAAGUGUUGGCAUCGUUAACCAGUUAUUUCACCCAUUUCUUCCCUGGAGAAGACAAGAUUUUCAACUUAAACAACUCUUCAUCUUUGUCAAAAUGUAUACAUACCCUCUGUAGCGUUAUUCCAAAAGGGGUUACUUGGUUGAAUAACCGUGGGUAUGUGGUUGCCGAAAAUAUCAAAUUCGACGACCAAGAAUUGGUAAUUGACGGUACCGUUAGAGGUAAAGGGUUCCACGUGAAUCAAACCAUUAAUAUUCCUAAUGUUGGAGAAUUCAAGGUGAAAUUAAUUGAAAAAUUGAAUAAGCAUACUGGGGAAGUGACUGAUGUGAUUAGUGAAGAAAUCAUUCUUGAAAAUGAAAGUAUCGAUGAAUUGUCACCUCAAGAUGGCGGUAAUGACGAUGAAAUGUAUAUGGAUGACGAUGACAUGAUGAGCGAUUACGAUGAUGAUGAUAUGGUUGCCGACGAUCUUGAAAAGAAAGAUACCGCCGCCGCCACGAUUCUUGAUCCAAACGAUGAUGAUUUUGACCCAGAAAUUGAAGAUGUGUUAAAGGGUAAAAACCAAGUGAGUAUUGCCAACGAUAACAACGAUAUUGAAUUUAAUGAAGAUUAUGACCACAAUUCCCAGUUGGAUCAAUUUAUGGAAGAAUCGCGCAACCCAGGUUCCACCGAAGAAUUCUACCUUGAUCCAAAAGAAUCUGCAGUGGAAAGAUUGCACAAGUACAAGUUCUCAAUCAAGGACAUUACUGAUCAAGAUGAACAGCCACCAAAGGAAUUGCAAGAAGCUUAUGGCAACUUGUUGAAUUUUAGAAGCUUCAAGAGAUCAACACAACGUAACUUGAAAAUUUUCAAUGGUAAGACCCAAGUCACCAUUGGAGAGUCGGUGAGACUUCACCUCGUAGCACAUAACCUUGUCAACAGUAAUACCGAUCAUAUCACCUCAAUGUUGAAUAAUUAUCAAAGCCAACCAGUCGUGGUGUUUGGGCUUCUUUCACACGAAGAAAAGAAAUCAUUGGUUCAUUUCUCAUUCAAGACCUGGGAAUCUUACGAGGAUCCUGUCACUUCCAAGGACGAUAUUGUGGUGCAAUAUGGUUCUCGUCGUGAAGUGAUCAAGCCAAUGUACUCUGUGAACUCCAACAAUAGCAACGGGAACGCUCACAAGUACUUAAAAUUCAGCACCCCCGGCAACAUCAACAUCGCAUCGGCAAUCGUUCCUGCCUAUUUUGGCCGGAUUCCAGUGCUCUUCUUCAAGCCAAAGCAAGGCAACAACUCUCUGGGCUCCAAUAUCCUUUCUAACCUCGAUCUUGAGCUCAUUGGUUCUGGGUCGCUAGAAUCCAUAGACAACAGCCGGUCGAUCGUCAAGCGUCGUCUUCUUGUUGGUCAACCAUUCAAGAUCCACAAGAAGGUCAUAACUAUCCGUUACAUGUUCUUCAAGCCUGAGGAUAUCAGUCAUUACGAAAGUGUGCCAUUGUUCACCAAGUCCGGAAGCAGUGGCUGGAUUAGAGAAAGUUUGGGUACCCAUGGUUACUUCAAGACUAGUUUCAACAGAAAGUUGAGUGCCCAGGAUUACGUCUACAUGGCGUUGUACAAGAGGGUAUGGCCAAAGGGUUCUACUCCAUAUAUUGCUAAUUGA